AUGACAGACGUAAUGCAAUUGGUUGUACACCCCGGAAGCGGUACAAUUGUCGAUGUCCCAGCCGUCUGGCCUGGCGUUCUUCGCGUUGUAGCGCUAAAGAUAGGAGGUGUUGUGACAAUAAUGGACGUAACGCAGUUGACUGUACAUCCUGGAGGUGGCAAGAUAGUCGAUGUACCAGCAGUCGGACCUAGUGUCGUCGAUGUUGUUGCGCUGAAAGCAGGAGGCGUUGUAACAAUAAUGGACGUUAUGCAGUUUGUCGUACAACCAGCGGGCGGCAAGAUCGUCGAUGUGCCAGCAGUUGGACCUAGUGUGGUUGAUGUUGUUGCGCUUAAGGCAGGAGGCGUUGUAACGAUAAUGGACGUAACGCAGUUGACUGUACAUCCUAGAGGUGGCAAGACAGUCGAUGUACCAGCAGUCGGACCUAGUGUCGUCGAUGUUGUUGCACUGAAAGCAGGAGGCGUUGUAAUAAUAAUGGACGUAACGCAGUUGACUGUACAUCCUGGAGGUGGCAAGAUAGUCGAUGUACCAGCAGUCGGACCUAUUGUCGUCGAUGUUGUUGCGCUGAAAGCAGGAGGCGUUGUAACAAUAAUGGACGUUAUGCAGUUUGUCGUACAGCCAGCGGGCGGCAAGAUCGUCGAUGUGCCAGCAGUUGGACCUAGUGUGGUUGAUGUUGUUGCGCUUAAGGCAGGAGGCGUGGUAAUAAUAAUGGACGUCACGCAGUUGGUUGUACAUCCAGGAGGCGGCAGGAUCGUCGAUGUACCGGCAGAUGGGCCGAGUGUUGUUGUUGUUGUUGCUCCUAAGGUAGGAGGCGUCGUAACAAUAAUGGACGUUAUGCAAUUUGUCGUACAACCAAGGGGCGGUAAGAUUGUCGACGUACCGGCAGUUGGACCUACAGUUGUUGUUGUUGUUGCCCCUAACGUAGGAGGCGUUGUAACGAUAAUGGACGUUAUACAGUUUGUCGUACAACCAGGGGGCGGCAAGACUGUCGAUGUACCGGCAGUUGGGCCUACUGUUGUUGAUGUUGUUGCGCUUAAGGCUGGAGGCGUCGUAACAAUAAUAGACGUUAUACAGUUGGUUGUACAUCCAGCGGGUGGUGGGAUCGUCGAUGUACCGGCAGUUGGACCCAGUGUUGUUGUUGUUGUUGCGCUCAAGGUAGGGGGCGUUGUAACAAUAAUGGACGUUAUGCAGUUGGUCGUACACCCAGCAGGCGGUAAGAUGGUUGAUGUACCGGCUGUUGGACCCAAUGUAGUCGUUGUAGUAGCACCCGCAGUUGCUGUUGCGGUAACAAUUACUGUCGUUACGCAGUUCGCUGUGCACCCAGGGGUUGGUGGGAUCGUCGACGUGCCUGCUGUGGGGCCUACAGUCGUCGUCGUUACCACACCCCCAGUAAUCGUAACUAUAAUGCUUGUUACGCAGUUGGUCGUACAUCCAGGGGGCGGUGGGAUUGUCGAUGUACCAGCGGUCGGACCUAUAGUUGUUGUUGUCGUAGCGCUCAAAGUGGGAGGCAUUGUAACAAUAAUGGACGUUAUGCAGUUGGUCGUGCAUCCAGGAGGCGGUAAGAUCGUCGACGUACCGGCAGUUGGACCAAGAGUCGUUGCCGUCGUUGCGCUAAAGGUAGGGGGUAUUGUUACAAUAAUAGACGUGACGCAGUUCGUCGUACAGCCAGGAGGUGGUAGAAUCGUUGAUGUACCGGCAGUUGGACCUAGUGUUGUCGAUGUUGUUGCGCUUAAAGUAGGAGGCGUUGUAACAAUGAUGGAUGUGAUGCAGUUGGUUGUGCAUCCGGGAGGCGGUAAAAUGGUUGAUGUACCGGCUGUUGGACCUAAUGUAGUCGUUGUAGUCGCUCCCGCAGUUGCCGUAGCAGUAACAAUCACCGUCGUUACGCAAUUGGCCGUGCAUCCUGGAGAUGGUGGGAUUGUCGACGUGCCUUCUGUAGGGCCUACCGUUGUUGUAGUUACCGCACCCCCAGUUAUCGUUACUAUAAUGCUUGUUACGCAGUUGGUCGUACAUCCAGGAGGCGGCGAGAUCGUCGAUGUACCAGCGGUCGGUCCUAUAGUUGUUGUUGUUGUAGCGCUCAAAGUGGGAGGCGUUGUAACAAUAAUGGACGUUAUGCAGUUGGUCGUGCAUCCAGGAGGCGGUAAGAUCGUCGACGUACCGGCAGUUGGACCAAGAGUCGUUGCCGUCGUUGCGCUAAAGGUAGGGGGUAUUGUAACAAUAAUAGACGUAAUGCAGUUGGUCGUGCAUCCAGGAGGUGGUAGAAUGGUUGAUGUACCGGCGGUUGGACCUAGCGUUGUUGAAGUUGUUGCGCCCUGCGUAGGAGGCGUCGUUACGAUGAUGGACGUGAAGCAGUUGGUCGUGCAUCCAGGGGGCGGUGGGAUUGUCGAUGUACCGGCAGUUGGGCCUACUGUUGUCCAUGUUGUUGCACUAAAGGUAGGAGGUGUCGUUACAACAAUGGACGUUACACAGUUGGUCGUACACCCAGGCGACGGUGGGAUUGUUGAUGUACCAGCAGUUGGACCUAAUGUUGUUGCUGUUGUUACGCUAAAGACAGGAGGCGUCGUAACAAUAAUGGACGUCAUGCAGUUGGUCGUACAACCAGGAGGUGGCGGGAUCGUCGAUGUGCCGGCCGUCGGACCAACUGUUGUUGUCGUCGUGGCUCCAGCAGUUGCAGUUGCGGUUACAAUUACUGUCGUAACGCAGUUGGCUGUACAUCCGGGGGGUGGUAGAAUCGUAGACGUGCCCAUUGUCGGGCCCACCGUUGUUGUUGUUACUACUCCCCCAGUUAUUGUAACUAUGAUCCUUGUCACGCAGUUGGUCGUGCAUCCAAGGGGCGGCGGGACCGUCGAUGUACCAGCGGUCGGACCAACUGUUAUUGUUGUUGUAGCACUCAAAGUAGGAGGCGUUGUUACGAUAAUGGACGUUAUGCAGUUGGUUGUACAUCCAGGGGGUGGUAGGAUCGUUGAUGUACCGGCUGUUGGACCAAGUGUUGUUGCCGUCGUUGCGCUUAAGGUAGGGGGUGUCGUGACAAUAAUGGACGUUAUGCAAUUGAUCGUGCAUCCGGGAGGUGGUAGGAUCGUCGAUGUACCAGCAGUCGGACCUACUGUCGUAGUCGUCGUGGCGCUCAAGGUGGGUGGAAUUGUAACUACAAUGCUAGUUAUGCAGUUCGUCGUGCAUCCGGGAGGCGGUAGGAUAGUCGACGUGCCGGCUGUUGGACCUAAUGUUGUUGCUGUUGUUACGCUAAAGACAGGAGGUAUCGUGACAAUAAUGGACGUUAUGCAGUUGGUCGUGCAACCAGGAGGUGGCGGGAUCGUCGAUGUACCGGCCGUCGGACCAACUGUUGUCGUCGUCGUUACUCCAGCAGUUACAGUUGCGGUUACAAUUACUGUCGUAACGCAGUUGGCUGUGCAUCCAGGGGGUGGUAGAAUCGUCGACGUUCCUACGGUCGGGCCUACAGUAGUUGUCGUUACUACACCCCCAGUUAUUGUAACUAUAAUGCUUGUCACGCAGUUGGUAGUACAUCCAGGGGGCGGCGGGAUUGUCGAUGUACCGGCAGUUGGCCCAACAGUUGUUGUCGUCGUGGCGCUCAAGGCCGGAGGGAUAGUAACUAUUAUGUUCGUUACGCAGUUUGUCGUGCAACCAGGGGCCGGUGGGAUUGUUGAUGUUCCGGCAGUCGGACCAACUGUUGUCGUUGUCGUUACCCCUGCGGUUACAGUUGCGGUUACAAUUACAGUCGUAACGCAGUUGGCUGUACAUCCAGGGGGUGGUAGUAUCGUUGACGUGCCUUCUGUCGGGCCUACCGUCGUUGUCGUCACUGCACCCCCAGUUAUUGUAACUAUGAUGCUUGUUACGCAGUUGGUCGUACAUCCAGGGGGCGGCGGGAUCGUCGAUGUACCGGCAGUCGGUCCAACCGUUGUUGUCGUCGUGGCGCUUAAGUCAGGAGGAAUAGUAACUAUGAUGUUCGUUACGCAGUUCGUCGUGCAACCAGGGGCCGGUGGAAUUGUUGAUGUUCCGGCAGUCGGACCUACCGUCGUCGUCGUCGUAGCGCUCAAGGUAGGUGGGAUUGUGACUACAAUGCUGGUUAUGCAAUUUGUCGUGCACCCAGGGGGUGGCAGGAUUGUCGAUGUACCGGCAGUUGGACCUAGUGUUGUUGUCGUCGUGGCACUCAAGUUAGGAGGGAUUGUAACUAUAAUAGACGUCAUGCAGUUGACUGUGCAUCCUGAGGGUGGUAAGAUCGUCGAUGUGCCGGCCGUCGGACCAACUGUUGUCGUCGUUGUGGCUCCAACAGUUGCAGUUGCGGUUACAAUUACUGUCGUAACGCAGUUUGCUGUGCAUCCAGGGGGUGGUAGAAUCGUAGACGUGCCUUCUGUCGGGCCUACAGUCGUUGUCGUCACUGCACCCCCAGUUAUUGUAACUAUGAUGCUUGUUACGCAGUUGGUCGUACAUCCAGGGGGCGGCGGGAUUGUCGAUGUACCGGCAGUUGGCCCAACCGUUGUUGUCGUCGUGGCGCUCAAGUCCGGAGGGAUAGUAACGAUAAUGUUCGUUACGCAGUUUGUCGUGCAGCCAGGGGCCGGUGGGAUUGUUGAUGUUCCGGCAGUUGGCCCAACCGUUGUUGUCGUCGUGGCGCUCAAGGACGGAGGUAUAGUAACUAUGAUGCUUGUUACGCAGUUGGUCGUACAUCCAGGGGGCGGCAGGAUUGUCGAUGUACCGGCAGUUGGCCCAACCGUUGUUGUCGUCGUGGCGCUCAGGUUUGGAGGGAUUGUAACUAUAAUACUCGUUACGCAGUUUGUUGUGCAAUCAGGGGGCGGCGGGAUCGUCAGCGUACCCGCUGUCGGGCCUACCGUCGUUGUCGUCGUGGCGCUCAAGUUGGGGGGGGUUGUAACGAUGAUAGACGUAAUGCAGUUGAUUGUACACCCAGGAGGCGGCAGAAUUGUUGACGUACCAGCAGUUGGACCGACAGUCGUCCUCGUUGUCGCCACGACAGGGACCGUAACAAUUAUCGUUGUAAAACAGCUGGUUGUGCAACCGGGAGGCGGCAGGAUUGUUGAUGUGCCUGCCGUUGUGCCAGUAGUAACUAUUGUAGUUCCUCCUGCAGUUACCGUUAUUACUAUGGUUGUAAUACAGUUGGUUGUGCAACCAAGAGGCGGCGGGAUCAUAGAUGUUCCUGGUGUCGGUCCUAACGUCGUCGUCGUUGUUGCUCCUACAGUAGCAGUAACAAUAAUUGUCGUAAAACAGUUGGUUGUGCAACCAGGAGGUGGCGGGAUUGUCGAUGUACCUGCUGUUGGACCAGUUGUUGUUAUUGUAGUCCCUCCUGCAGUGGCUGUCACAACUAUAGUUGUAAUACAGCUCGUUGUGCAACCAAGGGGCGGUGGAAUCGUAGAUGUACCAAGUGUCGGUCCCAAUGUAGUUGUUGUUGUUACCCCUACAACGCCGGUAACGAUAAUCGUUGUAAAACAGUUGGUUGUGCAACCAGAAGGCGGCGGGAUUGUUGAUGUACCUGCUGUUGGACCAGUUGUUGUUAUUGUAGUUCCUCCUGCAGUCGCUGUCACUACGAUAGUCGUAAUACAGUUUGCAGUGCAACCAAUAGGCGGCGGGAUUGUGGAUGUCCCAGGUGUCGGUCCUAAUGUCGUUGUCGUUGUAGCUCCUACCGUAGCAGUAACUAUAAAGGUUGUAAAACAGUUGGUCGUGCAACCAGGAGGUGGCGGGAUUGUAGAUGUGCCUGCUGUAGGGCCAGUAGUUACUAUCGUGGUUCCUCCUGCAGUUGCUGUCACUACAAUUGUUGUAGUACAGUUCGUUGUGCAACCAAGUGGUGGAGGGAUCGUGGAUGUACCAGGUGUCGGUCCUAAUGUCGUAGUUGUCGUCGCCCCUACAGCGGCAGUAACAAUAAUUGUCGUAAAACAGUUGGUUGUGCAACCAGGAGGUGGCGGGAUUGUUGAUGUGCCUGCUGUAGGGCCAGUAGUUACUAUCGUGGUUCCUCCUGCAGUUGCUGUCACUACAAUGGUUGUAGUACAAUUCGUUGUGCAACCAAGUGGCGGAGGGAUCGUGGAUGUACCAGGUGUCGGUCCUAAUGUCGUCGUAGUCGUUUCCCCAACGCCUGCAGUAACAAUAAUAGUAGUGAAGCAAUUCGUUGUGCAACCAAGAGGUGGCGUAAUGGUAGAUGUACCCGCCGUCGGACCGGUGGUUUUUGUCGUACACCCAGGAGGUGGUGGGAUUGUUGAUGUGCCUGCCGUUGGGCCCGUAGUUACUAUCGUCGUGCCUCCUGGCGUUCCUGUAACAAUGAUAGUCGUGAUGCAGUUUGUUAUGCAUCCAGGAGGUGGCGGAAUCGUUGACGUACCAGGUAUCGGUCCUGUUGUCGUCGUAGUCGUUUCCCCAACGCCUGCAGUAACAAUAAUGGUAGUGAAGCAAUUCGUUGUGCAACCAAGAGGUGGUGUAAUGGUAGAUGUACCCGCCGUCGGACCGGUGGUUUUUGUCGUACACCCAGGAGGUGGUGGGAUUGUUGAUGUGCCUGCCGUUGGGCCCGUAGUUACUAUCGUCGUGCCUCCUGGCGUUCCUGUAACAAUGAUAGUCGUGAUGCAGUUCGUUAUGCAUCCAGGAGGUGGCGGAAUCGUUGACGUACCAGGUAUCGGUCCUGUUGUCGUCGUAGUCGUUUCCCCAACGCCUGCAGUAACAAUAAUGGUAGUGAAGCAAUUCGUUGUGCAACCAAGAGGUGGUGUAAUGGUAGAUGUACCCGCCGUCGGACCGGUGGUUUUUGUCGUACACCCAGGAGGUGGUGGGAUUGUUGAUGUGCCUGCCGUUGGGCCCGUAGUUACUAUCGUCGUGCCUCCUGGCGUUCCUGUAACAAUGAUAGUCGUGAUGCAGUUCGUUAUGCAUCCAGGAGGUGGCGGAAUCGUUGACGUACCAGGUAUCGGUCCUGUUGUCGUCGUGGUCGUUUCCCCAACACCUGCAGUAACAAUAAUGGUAGUGAAGCAAUUCGUUGUGCAACCAAGAGGUGGCGUAAUGGUAGAUGUACCCGCCGUCGGACCGGUGGUUUUUGUCGUACACCCAGGAGGCGUGAAGCAAUUGGUUGUGCAACCAGGAGGCGGCUGGAUCGUCGAUGUGCCAGCUGUUGGACCGGUAGUUUUUGUCGUGCAACCCGGAGGCGGUGGAAUUGUUGAUGUGCCUUCCGUCGGUCCUGUAGUUACUAUAGUUGUGCCCCCUGGAGUUCCUGUAACAAUAAUGGUUGUAAUGCAGUUUGUCGUGCAUCCAGGAGGUGGUGCAAUUGUUGAUGUGCCAGGUAUCGGUCCUGUCGUCGUCGUCGUCGUGGCGCUAACAGCGGCAGUGACAAUAAUUGUAGUGAAGCAAUUGGUUGUGCAACCAGGAGGCGGUGUAAUCGUCGAUGUGCCUGCUGUUGGGCCAGUGGUUACUAUCGUUGUUCCUCCUGCCGUUACCGUAACUACUAUGGUUGUAAUGCAGUUGGUUGUGCAACCAAGGGGCGGAGGGAUCGUUGAUGUACCAGCUGUCGGUCCCAACGUAGUAGUUGUCGUUGCCCCUACAGCUGCCGUGACGAUAAUAGUGGUAAAGCAGUUGGUUGUGCAUCCAGGAGGUGGCUGGAUGGUCGAUGUGCCUGCCGUUGGACCGGUUGUUGUUAUUGUGGUUCCUCCCGCUGUGGCUGUAACGAUGACUGUAGUGAAGCAGUUUGUUGUGCAUCCGGGAGGCGGCGGAAUGGUCGAUGUACCUGCGGUUGGACCAGUGGUCGUUAUCGUAGUUCCUCCCACAGGAAUCGUAACAAUUAUCGUCGUGAAACAGUUCGUUAUGCAACCCGCUGGUGGUGGGAUAGUUGAUGUGCCUGCUGUCGGACCAGUCGUUGUGUGUGUCGUUCCUCCGGGCGUUCCAGUAACAAUAACAGUUGUGAUGCAAUUGGUUGUACAUCCAGGCGGUGGUGGGAUUGUUGUUGUUCCCGCCGUUGGGCCGGUGGUAGUCAUCGUGGUUGCUCCAUUUGUUCUAGUUACUAUUAUUGUAGCAAAGCAGCUUGUAGUGCAUCCUGUAGGCGGCGGGAUGGUUAAUGUCCCUUCCGUUGGACCGUUUGUUGUAAUUGUAGUUCCUCCGACGGUGGCUGUAACAAUAACAGUAGUAAAGCAGUUUAUCGUGCAUCCUGGAGGCGGUGGAAUGGUUGAUGUGCCUGCUGUCGGACCAGUAGUUACUAUCGUGGUUCCUCCUGCAGUUGCUGUUACCACUAUGGUUGUAAUACAGUUGGUUACGCAACCAAGGGGCGGCGGGAUUGUAGAUAUACCAGGUGUCGGUCCAAAUGUCGUCGUCGUCGUAGCUCCUACUGCAGCAGUAACAAUAAUUGUCGUAAAACAGUUGGUUGUGCAACCAGGAGGUGGCGGGAUUGUUGAUGUGCCUGCUGUUGGGCCAGUAGUUAAUAUCGUGGUUCCUCCCGCAGUUACUGUGACUACUACAGUUUUAAUGCAGUUUGUUGUACAACCUGGUGAUGGUGAGAUUGUCGAUGUCCCUGCUGUUGGACCCGUAGUAUUCGUCGUGCACCCUGGUGAUGGUGGGAUUGUUGAUGUCCCUGCUGUUGGACCGUUCGUUGUGCACCCUGGUGAUGGUGGAAUUGUUGAUGUUCCUGCUGUUGGACCGUUCGUCGUGCACCCUGGUGAUGGUGGGAUUGUCGAUGUCCCUGCUGUUGGACCGAUAGUUUUCGUUGUGCAUCCCAGAGGUGGCGGGAUUGUCGAUGUGCCGGCUAUCUGA